AAAACUUUUGUUUGAAAUAUAUUGAGUAUAAUUUAUUAGUUCUGGUGUAGGGAUCAUUUUGUUUCACAGCUACUGAGUAACUCAGCCAGUUAUAAAAUGUAUGAGGAAUACUUGAGAUCUGAACAUCACCAGUUGCAAUAAAUGUAAAGUAAUGAAAGAUCCGCUAUCAGAUGGCUCAUAGUGAUGGUGGUGAUUGGAGUGAGUGCAUGUGUGUGUCUGCUGGCUAGCUGGGCCCACGCUAGUGACAAGUCGGUAAGUGAAUUCAAGCCACGAGAUGUCAAGAGCGGAGAAUAUCCUGACUACGAUAAGUAUGUAGACAUGCCACAAGAGAGUUUGGAGCAGACACUUUGGCGGAAAGUGCUCAGGGAGCCAAAGACCCGAAGACCAACAAAACCUAUGACCAAACGGAGAGCAAAAGUAAUUCGAAGACGGAAGGUGUAUGACGCCAUCGCAGGCAUAGAUGAACAUUUUAUGGAGGUUCUUAAAGAAGCAAAUUUGGAUUUGACUAAAAAAGAUCUAACUCAGGCAUUUCUUAAACAAAGAGCAGAGAGAGAAGCGGAAGAGGCUCGUUUGGAUGCUUUGGCAGCUUUAUCUACAACCGAAACUGUCCUUAAUAUUAUGGAAAAUAACACUUUGUCAACUAGUUGAUGUAAUUUUCUAAAUAAACAUAACAAAUAUUGGUGUUUCA